GUUUCAAUCGAAACCCUAAUAAAAUGACCGCCGUCGCCUCGCCGAAUUGGAGUUUCGCCUGCUCGAGUCGGCCGUGACGGAGAUAGGAGAGAGGAGGAAGGGGAUAAGAGCGUUUGGUGGAUCGAAACCUUAGUCCUGCAACCAUGGUAAACGUUCCAAAAACAAAGAAGACUUAUUGCAAGAACAAGCAAUGCCAAAAGCACACCCUUCACAAGGUUACCCAGUAUAAAAAGGGUAAGGAUAGUCUAUCUGCUCAAGGAAAGCGGCGUUAUGAUCGCAAACAGUCUGGUUAUGGUGGGCAGACAAAGCCUGUUUUCCACAAGAAGGCAAAAACAACUAAGAAAAUCGUGUUAAAGCUUCAGUGCCAGAGUUGCAAGCAUUAUUCGCAGCACGCUAUAAAGAGAUGCAAACAUUUUGAAAUUGGUGGAGACAAGAAGGGGAAGGGAACAUCUCUCUUCUAGUUGGUUAUCUGGACUCGGUAGAACAAGCAUAUGUUGUUCUAAGGGAAAAUUUGAUCCAGACCCACUAAGUUGUCACUUUCUAUUUGUUAUGAUUUUUCAAUGUUGUUGAAGUUUCACCGGUCAGCAUUCAACUUCGCAAGACUUUGCAUGUCAUAUGCUUAACUAAACAGGCUUUUGGAGGAAUAUAACCUGCAAAGAAAAUUUGUUUCAAUGAAAUUUGUUCUUUGUGUUGGA